AUGCCCCAAGAAUACAACGUUGUAAUUUUCGACAAGCCAAACGCUCCAAGACUUGAGCACAGACCCACUCACGUGAAGAACAUCGUUGGCAAUGUCGAGUCAGGUAUAGUCAAGUUGGGUGGUGCUCUCUUCAAAGAUGAGGCCAAGACCGAAUUCGCUGGCAGCACCUUGCAAGUUGUCGCCAACUCCAGAGAAGAAGUUCUUGAGUUCUUGAAGACUGAUAUUUAUGCCCAAGUUGGUGUCUGGGAUCUUGACUCUGUUCUUAUCCACCCAGUUGGUAACGCAGUUCGUCUUCCAAUCAGAAUGGCUGGUGUUGAUGACAAGUUCUACCAAGUCUAA